ACCCAACCAAAUACAAAUCGUAUCCGCUACUAAGCUGGAAGAUGGCAGCCUUUGCCUUCUCCUUGGCUGCAACAGCAUCCACUCCCGCACCCACACCCACACCCACAGGAAUCAGCUUCGGCAGAGACGAAGUAUUCGUUGCAGCAGUGCCAUUGAGAGCCACUCCACUACCCCCUGCCAACUUCCUCAUCUCCACUGCUUACUCUUUAGAUUUCUGGAAUUUCCAGCAUUUCAUGGUCAUCAUCAAACCCUCUUCUCCACCUCCACGCUCUCAACAUCAGGCUUUGGUUUAUGAUUUCCAGCCUGAGGAUCCUCAAAACAUAUGGGUUGCAGUUGCAGCCUUGUCCGGCAGAAAAGUCCCUGGAGUUAUUCUUGUAAGGAAGCUAAAGAAGCUUCCUACGAGAAAAUGUUGGUUUGUUGGUUACUCCAAAGCAAACGCGAUAGAUGCAGCACUGAAGUUCAACGAAAAUUGGGCAACUGAUCUCAGGAUAGGCCAUCAUGAUUGUCGAGAUUAUUCUCAAGGGCUCGUGGAAUAUCUAACAGGCGAAAAAGACGUGUUGGAGCGUCUGAAGGAAGCAAUUUAACAAGACAAGAUGAAAUAUGAAAUCAUCCGGACGCAUCAUUUCAUCAAAGUUGGUACAUAUCUGUUGAGAAUCGCGUUAUAUUGCAUUUUGGCCUUUAUGCUUUUUUUAAGUUUGAGCUAGUAUUUAUACCACAUGUGUCGUAUUGUUCUUUGUAUGUAUAAUCUCUUACAUUAACUGUUAAAGAUUUUCAUAACUAGAAUGCUAUUACUUUUAUCUGUAAUGAAGACGUCUCUCCCUUGAUCUUGAACAACAAAUCAGAGUAAUGGGAGCUUCAGGAGCAUCUGAUUCACAUUGUGGAUCUUGUGGUACAACUAAUUGAGUUGGGCAAUGUUUGCUAGAAAUGAGGGCUGGAGUGGAAUUGAGAGUAGUUUGGAUCACUUCAUCCACCUUAUUUUUCUGCAUCACUAUAGAUACACAAAUGAUCAAAUCCUCUUAUAUUGUUUAGAUAGUUUUGAUAGAACCAUUGUUGUAUUUCACUUUUCAGCUAAAGCAGAGGAGAGAUAUCAUCCUCGACCCCUCCUCCGCUUCCUGAAAAGUGCAAGAACAGGAAACGUUCU